AUGGCCAUUCUAGUCUUUUUCCUCCUGUAUUUGGAAAUAGUUAGUGGUGGUCAAAUGAAUGAAAGAAUCUACAGCAGGGCAUAUAGCUACCUGGCUGUCAAAGGUCAGAGGUCGUCUGUUUGUUACGAUGACCGCAUGGACAUCAUUACUAAGUUGAAGGCCGCUUCUUCAUUUGAAUGCAUUCUGAAGUGUUUGAUAGCAACGGCCAACAACUUGAGAGGAAUAAACUUCGUGAAACCCUAUGAACUUUGCUCUUGCAUUCCAAAAGUGGCCGACAUUUUGUACAACGUUACCGGUUGUCUGACUGGCUGCGAAGCCUUUGUGGAGCAUGGUUGUCCUGGAAGUUUCAACUACGUCAUGGAACAGCACAAAUGCUUCAGCAUUCAAAUUACUACAAACCAAUGGCUCAGUCAGAGAAGCACGUGCAACAACAUGCUGAAUUCACACCCAGUCGUCAUAGAAAGCUACAACGAGAAUUUGGUGGUCCGUCUGUACACUCUGGCAGUUUUGAAAAGCACAGCACUGUGUCCUCUUCCCGGUAACAGCGGUAAAUUGGCACUUUGGAUCGGAUUGUACAGUACAUUCAACAAUUCGAAACGUCUACCGUACAUGUGGGCUCCUUACCCAAAAAGUAAUAAUAGAACCAGAUAUGACUCAGUGAAGUUGCCACAAAAUGAUGUCAAGAUAUCCAACUGCAUGGUUCAGAUAACCAUAGAAUAUAGCUAA